AAAGAAGGUAUUCAUUCGUUGGCCCAUUAAAAAUCUCCCAGCUCUCGCUCCAAAUUUUCAUCUACCUUCCUUCACUUUUCCUCUCGAUCCCCUCGCCUCGUUCCAAAUUCUAACCGUACUCUGCGAGGGGAGCAAGAGUCAUCGCAUCUCUAUCUCUCGCGUUGUUCUGGAACACAUUCCUUUUUUUUCUCCUUCUUCGAUUGAUCGUUGCUCGAAUUGAUGCUAGGUUUCUUCUGGGAUCUGGAUUAGGGUUUGCUUGCGUGCGGAACGGAUGGCGCAGAACGGGAAGCUGCUGCCGAAUCUCGACCAGAACAGCACCAAGGUCCUCAACCUUACCGUUCUUCAGCGCAUCGAUCCUUUCGUGGAAGAGAUCCUCAUGACCGCCGCACAUGUCACUCUCUACGAGUUCAACGUCGAGCUCAACCAGUGGAGCCGUAAAGAUGUUGAAGGGUCCUUAUUCGUCGUCAAGAGAAAUACACAGCCCAGAUUUCAGUUCAUCGUGAUGAAUAGACGUAACACGGAUAAUCUAGUUGAGGAUCUUUUGGGAGAUUUCGAGUAUGAAGUCCAGGUUCCUUAUCUUUUAUACAGAAAUGCUGCUCAAGAAGUCAAUGGCAUAUGGUUUUAUAAUUCACCAGAUUGUGAAGCAGUGACAAACCUUUUCAGCAGGAUAUUGAAUGCCUAUUCAAAAGUACCUCCAAAACCUAAGGUAUCUUCUAAAAGUGAAUUUGAGGAGCUUGAAGCUGUACCUACCUCAUCAGUUAUUGAAGGUCCACUUGAACCAACAACAUCAACUGCGCCAACUCCUACUGUUCCUGAUGAUGUUUGUAUGAACUUUUUCAGUAAUGCAAUGAACAUAGGAAACACAUCAAAUGCAACAAUUGGUGGCCAGCCACCUCUUCCUUCUGCACCUGUUCCUGUAGCUACUCAUGCUUCAAGUCUCAUUCCAACUGUAUUGCCAACUACUCAGUCAAUUCCCAUUCCCUCAGCUUCAGCUGCUCCUCUAAUGCCACCUUUGGAUAAUCUUGAAUCUGGCAAUGGAAGUAGCAGUUGGGCUACAAAUCUAUUGAAACCUUCAUUUUUCUCGCCCGUUUUGUCUUCUGCACCACCAGUGCCUCCAGUUUCAUCCUCAGUUCCAAUUACUCCUCCCCUCCAUCCUCCAGUUACAAUGCAGCGACCAUAUGGAACUCCAUUACUUCAACCAUUUCCACCACCUGCGCCAUCUGCAUCUCUCACUCCCGGUCCAAACUUUGCACCAUUUAUCAUGAGAGACAAAGUCCGAGAUGCAUUAACGAGGCUUGUUCAGAAUAAUGAUUUCAUCGACCUCAUUUAUCGGGAGAUGCUGAAUGCACAUUAUUCGUGACAAAUCAGACAUCAGUAAAUGGGUUCGAGCCUUAUCCAUACGUUGCAAAUGAUGCAGCUGUUUCUUGUAAAGUUUCUGUAAAAAUUUGCCAGCCAGUGAAUGGACAAGGAACUUUUGAUACUGUCAUCCUUUGCGUUUGUAUAUGGAGGGAACAAUGCUAUUUUACUCUUUUUUGUUAUUGAUAAUUUAGUUGGUAUUUCUAGGUCACAA